AGGUAUUAUGCUGGUUGGGCAGACAAAUAUCAUGGGAAAACUAUACCUGUCAAUGGAAACUAUAUGUGUUUCACUCUUCAUGAACCAGUUGGUGUUUGUGGACAAAUUAUACCGUGGAAUUUUCCACUUCUUAUGCAGGCAUGGAAGCUUGGUCCAGCAUUAGCAAUGGGAAAUACAGUGGUAAUGAAGACAGCAGAACAAACCCCGUUGUCUGCGAAUUGGGUAGCUGAAUUAAUCAAAGAAGCCGGAUUCCCACCUGGUGUAGUGAACAUUGUUCCAGGAUUUGGUGAAACUGCUGGUAACGCCUUAGUCGUUCAUCCUGAUGUUGAUAAAAUUGCGUUUACUGGUUCAACAUCUGUAGGACAAUUGAUUGGUCAGAAUGCUUAUAAACAUGGUGUGAAACGAAUUACUUUAGAACUUGGCGGAAAGAGUCCAUUAAUUAUUUUCAGUGAUGGUGAUUUUGAUCGAGCCAUAGCUACGUCACAUUUUGGUUUAUUUUUCAAUCAAGGCCAGUGUUGUUGUGCAAGUUCACGUAUAUUUGUCGAAGAAUCAGUUUAUGAUAAAUUUGUUGAAUAUAGUAGUGAAGAAGCUAAAAAGCGUGUAGUUGGUAAUCCAUUUGAUUUAAACACAACACAAGGUCCACAAGUUGAUGAAAACCAAUAUCAAACAGUUAUGUCAUACAUUGAAUCUGGUAUAAAGGAAGGUGCUAAAUUAUGUGCCGGUGGCAAACGGUUUGAAUCAGAUGGUUAUUUCAUUCAUCCUACAGUUUUUGCUGAUGUUCAAGAUGAAAUGCGCAUUGCUCGUGAGGAAAUAUUUGGACCUGUAAUGCAAAUUAUGAAAUUUCGAUCAUUAGAUGAAUUGAUACAUAGAGCAAAUCAUACACAAUAUGGUCUUGCAGCUGGUAUAUUCACUAAUAAUUUAGAAAAAGCUAUGCAUGUUAUGCAACAUUUACAGGCUGGCACUGUUUGGAUCAAUUGUUAUGAUGUAUUCGAUGCUGCCGCACCUUUUGGAGGUUAUAAGUUUUCUGGAGUUGGUCGAGAACUAGGUGAAUAUGGUUUACGAAAUUAUACAGAAGUCAAAACUGUAACUACGCGGAUACUUCAAAAGAAUUCAUAAACACAGAUAACUAUUGGUUAUUUAUUUUUGCUAUUCUUUAUAAAAUUUAUUAUUUGAAAUUGGUGAUCAAUUUGAACUUUUAACUCAUGAAGGUAUGAUUGACAUUUUGUGAUAAAAUCCUGUUUGAUUCUAAAUACAUUUUUUUUUCUAA